AUGGCUUGGUGCAAUACCUUGUCAAAAUUUCUUGAGUUUUUUAAACGACGAUUCAUUGAAAAUUGGAAUCGGACAAAGAAGGUAUUUAUAACAAAAUAUAUAGGUUGUGAAUCUCUUGUUAAACUUGAUCUUACUAUUAAUUUUGUCGGAGAACUCACAAGUAUAAAAAUCUUACAAGAUCUCGAACAUUUUGAAGAAUUUAAUGAAGAAAAAGAAGAAUAUACACCGGAAUCUCGAAUUCGGAUUCAUCAACAAAUUCAAAAAGAUAAAGAAAAAGCAAAUGAACAUAAAAUAAAGGAAAAACGACCCCGCUCAUAUUUUAUGCCUGACGGUCGACCUAUGAACAUAAACGAAUCCAAAAUUGACUUUAAACUGACAGAUGAUGACAAUUGUUUAAUCCUUGAUAUGAAAUUAUACAAGUAUCUGGAUAGUUCAUUAAUUAAUGUGGACAUCCAGCCAAAAUAUGUUCGUGUUUUAAUUAAAGGAAAGGUAUUUCAGCUUUCUUUGGGAAUGGAAAUUUCUCCAACUCGAUCAACAUGUCAGCGUUCGAAAACAUCCGGGUAUCUUAGUAUAACUAUGCCCAAAGUAGGGAAAAUGGUGACUCCAUCUGGGCGUUUACCGUCUCCACGGUCAAGCCCAACGGGUUCCAGUUCUGUCGGGAAUCCAGCUGCUUGUAACGCAGCCGAAAUAGUCUCGUUGAUAGCGGAGUGUCUGGGAGCACGGCCAGCACUCCUUCUGCAUGACAGGGGAUGUAGUCCUUUGGUAUCGACUUUACUCCCACAUCGGCAUUGGCCCCCCGAACAGACAUUAAGUCCCAAGCGCAUUGCUACGCCAAUCCUCACACAGUCAUUAUCGAGAAGGGUUCCAGAUUGGGAGCAAGGGAGGGCAUAUGCCACGCCCCACUUUCAGGUCUGGCAGCGGCACCGAAACAAGCGAGGCGAUGCUGAUCCAAUGUAG